AUGCCUCGUGAAGGUCACUUUCAUGCUACCUUACAUAUUUUUGCCUAUUUACAGAAGCAUCCUGAUCGUGUACUUGUGAUGGAUUGUGGUUAUGCUGACCAUCUUAGACCACUAAAGAAAGCUGAUUACUCACAGUUCUAUGAAUUCACUAAGGAUGAACUCCCAAGUGACAUGCCUACACCUCUUGGCAAAGCGGUAGAGUUCACUAUGUUUGUUGAUGCAUCUCAUGCUGCUAACGUUGUUACUCGUCAAUCAAGAACAGGAGUAUUGAUCUUUGUUAACAAAGCUCCUAUUAUCUGGUAUUCGAAAAAGCAGAACAGUGUCGAGACAAGCAGUUUUGGUUCUGAGUUUUCUGCUCUAAAGACAGGUGUUGAAUUACUUGAGGGAUUACGAUUCAAGCUCAGAAUGAUGGGCGUCCCAAUCCAAGGUUAUUGUCAUACUUGUGUUGACAACAUGUCUGUUGUCAAGAACUCAAGUGUUCCUGAAUCUCAAUUGAAAAAGAAAUCGAAUGCUGUUGCAUAUCACUACGUUCGCUCCAGAUGUGCAAUUGAUAUCCUACGAAUUGAAUGGAUAAUUUCCGCUGAGAACUUGGCCGAUGUUUUAACCAAGAUUCAAGCUGGACCCGUUCGUGACCGUCUCAUGGAAAACAUCAUGUGGAAAGCAAAGCGAAAUGGAAAACUUGCUCUUCUGAUUUAA